AUGAAAUUGAAUGAGUUUAAGACUCACACCGACAAAGAUCCGAUGCUACGAGAACUACGAUCAUCGCUAAAAUCUGGAGAUUGGACAAAAUUUGCAAAAAGUAAGAAUUCCGAUUGGAAAUCUUUAUAUAAACUUAGAGAUGAAUUUACACUCGCCGAUACAGGUAUCACCUUGAGGAAUACGCGAAUUCUUACACCAAAGUCGCUCAUAAAACGAGUAGUUGAACUAGCUCAUGAGGGUCACCAAGGGGUGGUGAAAACAAAAUCAUUGUUGCGUGAAAAGGUCUGCUUUCCAGGAAUUGAUAAAAUCGUAGAAUCCACAAUCAAAUCUUGCAUCCCGUGUCAAGCAACGGUAGAGACAAAACGCAUAGAACCAUUACAGAUGUCACCGCUACCAAGUGGACCGUGGACUGAAGUUUCGACGGACUUCUGUGGACCAUUUCCAUCAGGAGACUAUUUGAUGGUAGUCAUUGAUUCGAGAUAUCCAGUCGUGGAAAUCUUGAAAUCAAUUUCAGCAAAGUCCGUGUUGACAAGGCUUGACAAAAUAUUUGCUGAAUUUGGAAUUCCGUGUACUUUGAAAUCAGAUAACGGACCGCCGUUUAAUGGAUCAGAAUUUAAACAAUUUGCUGAAUAUCUGGGUUUCAAACACAGAAAAAUCACACCGCUAUGGCCUAAGGCGAAUGCAGAGUCUGAAAGAUUCAUGAGAACCAUAGAGAAAACCAUUAGAGCUUCAAACGUGGAAAGUAAAAAUUGGAAACAAGAAAUAUACACGUUUUUAAGGCAUUAUCGAGCUACACCACACUGCACAACGAAACUGUCACCAUUCGAGAUUCUAUUUGGACGCACGUUGAAAACAAAGUUAGAUGUUGAAAUCAUUACCGAAAGAAAAGGAGAAGAAAUUGAAACGAAAACUGACAUUCGUAAAAAUGAUGAAAAAGCUAAGAUGCAAAUGAAGCAGUAUGCUGAUAGCAAAUCCGGAGCCAAAGAAAACAAUCUCGAGAUAGGAGAUAAUGUACUCAUAAAACAAAAUCAAACGAACAAAAUGUCAACACCCUACAAUCCAAAUCCAAUGGAAAUCAUAAACAAAAAGGGGACAUUGAUUACAGCACGAAAUGAAGACCGUGAAAUUACAAGAAAUGCAAGUCACUUCAAGGAAGUAAAUACUGAAGCUAUAAACGAUCGUGAAAUUGACAAUGCAGAAGAUAAGAGCGAUGAUAUUCAAACCAAACUCGAUCCGAAACCACCAUACGAGUUACGAAGGUCAAGAAAAGCGCCGAAACAUCUGGAAGAUUUUGUAUGUGAUUAG